GUUUUUUUCACGCUUCGUUUGUUUCAAUUUCCGCACAAUGACUCGUUGCAGAGUUCCAUGGUAAAUUACUGAGAAUUAUUGUAUGGUCGGUCGGGAAAAUGGGUAGAUGUUGUCAUGGCCAGGUUGGAUGCUGUUGCGGGUGUCGCUCUUGUCGACUUUGCUGUGGGUUUCUUCCAGCAAUAAAAGAAUCAACAUCAACACGCCUCAUGUACACCUUGUUUUUACUCUUAGGAACACUUCUUAUGUGUGUAAUGCUAACUCCCGAAAUUCAAGAAAAAAUCAUUGAAAAGUUUCCACAGUUCAAUAUAACUUGUAUAAUUCUUAAUGCUGGAGAAAAUUGUGAGCUGUUAGUUGGCUACAUGGCAGUCUAUAGGGUUUCUUUGGCGAUGGCUGCAUUUUAUUUCAUCUUAGCUGUUCUGACCAUUGCAAUAUCUACUAGUUCAAACUGGAGAUCUGGUCUACAUAAUGGGAAUCAAAGAGUAUCAAAUGGAGGGAGCAGAUGCUGGUUUGUUGCUAUGGUUUUCUGUGCUCUGUUGAUUUAUACUGCUGUAGUCAUAGUUGUUGUAAUGCUGGCACAAAAUUACACAAAAGCGGAAGGAUGUGGCACAAACAAAAUAUUUAUCAGCGUUAACGCAUUUUUAUGUCUUCUUUGUUCAUUCAUAUCAAUUAUGCCUUGUGUUGAAAAAAAUACUGGAGAUUCAAGAGCUGGAUUACUUCAGUCUGCUAUUAUAUCGGCUUAUGUGAUCUAUUUAACUUGGUCUUCCUUGUCAAGCCAACCUCUACCUACAGGUACUGGUGUUUUCACUGUAAAAACUGAAAAUGUUGAAAGCGAAGAAUUCUGUGGUCCAUCUGAAGUUUCCUUUCUCUCCAACAAAGAUAUCAUAUGCUAUGGUGGCGUCAUUAUCACCUUUGUGAUGGUUAUAAGCUCCACGCUUCGUACUUCCCAUUUUUCAUAUAAACUUGGAAUUCGAGCUCCUGAUCCUACGGAUUGUUGUACUUGCUGUGACAAAUCUUCUUCAAGGAAAGCCACUAAUCAUGUUGAUGAAGGUGGAGGGCAAAAAGUAUUGAAGAAUGAAGUAGAAGGAGUUGUGUAUAGUUACUCUUUCUUCCACAUUAUGUUCCUUUUAGCUUCCUUAUACAUUAUGAUGCAAUUGACACACUGGUUCAGGCCAGAACAGGCCAGAUUAUUGACAUUUGAAAGGAAUUGGGCCUCUGUUUGGGUGAAAAUGGCUUCUUCUUGGACUUGUAUACUUAUUUAUUUACUUACAUUGUUUACCCCUGAACUAUGUCCAGGUAGACUUAACCGUAGCAGAUCUGGUAGAACUAAAGACAUGGAGAUGGGCAAAGUGAGGCAUGAUUCUGCUUCCAGUUCGUAA